ACAUCCUUUUGGUCUUCACUUGAGCACUGAGCUGAAAUUCUCGGCCCCCAGACUUUUCAAUGGAGGAGAUUGGAGAAGAUGAAAGAGGAAUAAGAUCUUCGAGCUUUGUUAACGGGGUUGUGGAUCCUGAAGAGGAAGAAACGUCAGUCUUGAGAAGAGAAUCUGCUUUUAACAUUCUUAAUCCACUGGGUUCAUAUUCUAAAGUGUGGAAAGGAGUAUUUCUACUAUCAAGUGCGAUUGCGUUAUGGUUGGAUCCUUUACUUCUUAAAGUGGAUGAGGAUGCCUGGAAAAACGCAAGAAGAUAUUUGCUGUCUUGCUUCUUUUUAAUUGACAUACUUUCAAUUCUUCCCCUUCCACAGGUGUUAAUUUUAAUUACUCCAGCAAUAAAAGGCUCGAGAGUUUUGGUCGCCAUGGACUUGUUGAAAUAUUUUGUUAUCUCCCAAUUUGUACCAAGGAUUCUACGGCUCUAUCCAUUGUAUACGAGAGGUAAAGGAGCUUUUGGCGCACUUGCUGAAGCUGCAUGGGUCAAAGCUUUACUCAAUCUCUUUCUUUACAUGCUUGCUAGUCAUGUGAUUGGAGCUCUAUGGUACUUCUUGGCCAUAGAACGAGAAACUAAAUGUUGGCGUGAAGCUUGUGGAAAUCAGCCUGGAUGUGUUAGUGAUGCUUUUAUAUGUGAUGUUACUCUUGGAAAUCACACAUUUCUCAAUGAUUUAUGCCCUAUAAGUGACAAAUUUCCUCCAGAAGUUUUUUCAUUGUUUUCGGUGGGGUAUACAAAAUCUGAGUUCAUGUGGCCAAAAUCUACAAACAAGUGUAUAUAUCUGGGAGAACGUCUUUGCAUUGUUCAUUACAAUAUCUGGCUUGUUGUCCCUCUUACUACUCAUUGGAAAUGUGCAGAUUUUUCUGCAGUCAAAAACAAUGAGACAGGAGAACAAGCGAUUGAAACAAUUAGAGGAGUUAGAGGAAAUAAUUCACAAAUUAAAAUCGUUUGAAAAGCUUACUGGUAAACUCCAGAAAAAGGUUAGAAAAAAUCUGAAGUGCAAACCUGAAGAGCUUGAUUUAGAGAAACUGUUCCAAGGUCUUCCACAGAAAUUGAUGACAAAAAUCAAAACAGAACUUUGUUUUGACCUACUCUAUAAAGUAAGUUCCUU